AUGGCAGAGCUGCGAGGCAAGAAGAAGCAACUGACAGCUAGUGAGGUGGAGGUGGCUGGGCGGAUCGAUACCACGAGGAAGAGCUUACGAGAUCAGGAGGACAGGCUUGGAGAUGUUGACGACAGGAUCGUGGAAGUCAAAGCUGCUCUAGAGGCUCUGACCAUCCGUCGUGGUAAGGUAGAUGAUGAGAUUGGAGGAGGAGUCUUAACAGAAGAGAUAGUCGAGGAGUGCGGACAAAUCGAGGAGAGGGCGCAGGGAGUUGCUGCCUCCAUCGAGAAUUCUAUCGACGCAUGCAAGGAGCAGCAAGUGUUGUUGAGCCAAUGUAUCGACGAGGCUAAGGCUACCAUCACUCGCCUGGAGGAGACCAAGGCUUUGAGGCAGCGCGAGGUUGAUGAUGCGGGAACUGGCAUGGAUGCCUUACGGGAACGGCUGCAUGCUCGAGAGCUUGCUGUAGCAGAGGAGAGGAGGGAACGGGUGGAAAGGAGAGAGGCUAGGAGGGUGGUCGAGGAGAGAUUAGAGAAGACUAGAAGGGAACGGCAGGCCGUAGCUGAUGAGCUCUCAUUGAUGAGGGCUGGUCAUCGUGAGAGUGAGAGGGCAGCUACGCUCAGAGCUAAU